AUGUACAGGGCGACGUGUACUGUGAGGCGGGCGGCACCCCGCUUCUUCUUCAAGGGGCGGCGCAAUACGGCGGAGUAUUACGUGGGCCGCGGUGGCGCGGAGGGCCAUCCGGACAUGGUGGCAGAUUGCAUUAGCGGCAGCCGCGCGGACCCGGAGUGGAUGUGGUUGAAGCUUCUGUGCUUCGUGUGCAUGACCUCCACGGUAGGCACAUGGAUGUGGCAGACGUACUUCUGGGAGCAGGCAAAGUUUUUCAAGGAUGAGCCGUGGUCGCCGUUCAGGAAUUAG